GUGUAAAUAUACAUUUGUUUAAAUUGAAUUAGUUGACUAAGUUCUUCUUAAGCCAGCGAUUAAGUGAAAUAUAUCAUGCUUUUUUAGGCAACCCCUUUACUUAACACAAAAAGCUAUAUUUAAUUCUUGGUUUUACUGCGUACCUUAUAUAAUAUAAAUCGAUUUUUUUAAAGGUCUAAAUAUAUAUUCUUUGCGAAAUAACCAAAAAAUAUGGGGCUGGGUGGCGGUAUUUCCGUUCAAUUAUUGAGUAAUGAUAAUGUAAAAAUGAGGUCCGUUGAGGGAAUCGCGGCACCUGUUGUGACCCCUGCGGCCAUCGAGCACCUGGCCAAGGCAAUAACCUGCGAACGGCCGAAGGAAACGGAGCUUUUGCCAUGGACAACGGACCGACUGAUGCCACACCCACUACCGCCGCCUUCCGGCUGGUGCUGCUGAGCAAAUCAAAUCCCGUGAUGGGCUGCUACAUGUUCUGGACCAGUCUGCUGGUGCUCAAAAUGCUGGUGAUGUCGCUACUCACGGCCCGUCAGCGGAUGAAGACCAAAACGUUCGCCAACCCGGAGGAUUUGCGAAUCAGCCGGAGCCCGGAGGUUCGAUUCGGAGACCCCGGCGUGGAGCGAGUCCGACGAGCCCAUCGCAACGACUUGGAAAACAUUCUGCCCUUCCUUUUAAUGUCGCUGGUCUACGUGGCCAGUGGACCGAAUCCCCUGACCGCCCGUUUGCUCAUCCGCAUCGGAGCAAGUGCCCGGCUGCUCCACACGCUGGUCUACGCACUAAUCCCAGUUCCACAACCAGCCAGAGCCCUGGCCUUCUUCACCACCUUCGCCAUCACUUGCUUCGAGGCGGGCUACGUACUCUUUUGCUGUAUUAAGUACAUUUAGACCGGUAGUGACCCCCACUUACCCAACUUUACUACUCACCUCACUCUCUCAUAUUUAAACAGCACCAGUGAUGUCCAGGUACUAUUAGGUACUUUUGUUCAGUAAAAAGUAUAGAUGUGUGUAUAGCUUGAAUUUAUAUAUAUAGGAAUUUCUCACACACCUUAUAAAUUAGGUCAUUUGCGUCAUUUUUACAAUACAUUAAAUGGUUCCGUAAUAAAACUAUCAUAAAAUGUUCUCUAUGAAUAUUAAUUUUAAUAUCCAACCAAUAGAGCAAAAAAUAUACAUUUUUUCCAUUUAGGAGCAAAUAUCUAAAAUGCCUUUUUUUAAGGAUUCACUUAUUCUUUGUAGUGGCAAAUAUAAGGAUUUAAAACUAGAAGCUAGAAACCUUUUAUAAUUAUAAUGUUCUUUAGAUGAAUCUCAAUUUUUUGUUUUAAAUAAACUGACACUUGUAGAAUGUACGCACAAAAAAGUAUUAAUAUUAAUUUUACAAAGGUCCAGUAUUUACUUUGAAUACGUUUCAGAAAAAAUAUUAGUCUCGAGGACUAGACUUACAAAUCAAAAGGAAAAUUUUAGAUAACAUAAGUAAUAGUUUUAUCGGUAAAAUAAAAAUAGUACCUCCCUGAAAAGGAGAAUAGUUUUGUAAUACCUUUUUUCUGUAGGUAUAGGUAUACAUACCUAUGUUUUAGAGAUAUAUAAAAAUUCUAAAAUAUAGUCUAAGGAACUUAAACAUUUUAAAUAGUAGUUUAGCUCACCAUCUGGGUAGAA